UAUAGGUUGGACCUUGUUGCUUUCAUGGUGGAUUUCUUUUCCUUUCCCCCUCGUUGGAAUCGGGCCCAAAGUGAAUUUAAAGGCUUUUCUUGCCCGGAGAGGAAAGAAUAACUGCUUAGUCUGUAAGUUGGUGGGGGGCAUAGAAUGGCACUGUGUGGUCUUUAACCUCAUCAGUUCAGCCAUCAUGCUGCAUGUUUAGCAGUGAACUUUGACCUCCACAUCCUACUUUACUGCUUUGCUGGAUCGGGACCCAGGGGGCCCCCCUGUACCUCUGGGGGUGAUGCAUUGUAGCUUGUGCAUGAGACCUCCGCUCUGGCUGAGGUCCUGAUCCCAAACAUCCUUUGCCUCACAGCUCGGUUUGGCGAAACCUCUGAUCUCGCUGCUUUGAAGGACGCGGGUGGAGUGUGGGACUCUUCCAAACCAUGAUCUGUGCCAGCUGCAUCCCACGUGCAAAAUAGUGUCCGUUAGAAGAGCUUUGCACAGGAAGCCGGCCAUGCCCUGACAUGACCAUUUUCUGACAGUUAACCUUUGGACUCUUUGAAAAUGCUGUGUGUAACACGAUUAGCCCUAGGGGCCAGGGUCAUAAGGUUGCCAGCCCGUGGCAAGGGCUCCCUAGCCACCAAGAUGGUGAAAUACAGGAAGAUGCGGAAACCGACGGAGCCACAAGACUGGGCGAUGGAUUAUCGCGAGAGAUACAUCCCCUUUUCCAAGGACCAGCUGGUUGAUGCCCUAGUGAAGGAGUUCCACUCCUCUAGCCAUGCGGAUCGUGUCUCAUUCCUGGCAUUUGUCUCUCAAGUGGACGCCUCCCUCCUGCACCGUUACCACUCCAUCCUAGAGCAGUUAAAGGCUGUCUAUUCACCUAUUAAUCCUGACCGGGACACCCUGCAGGAAUUCUCUUUGACAGAUGCGGAGCGGUUAACAAAAGAACAGGAAGUUUUCGCCAGGAUGGAACCUCUGCUGGACCAAGCCAACUUUAACAACCUGUCAGAGGAAGCAUUAGCCUAUGCCCUUGUGAUCCACCACCCUCACGAUGAAGUCCAGGUGUCAGUGAAUCUGGAUCAGUAUGAAUACAUGAGAUUCUGGGCUCUCGGCCAACGGAUAGGACCACUGCGUGUGAUGACUACCAUCAAGGCCCAGAGUAGGGGGUUCUUUGGCACAUCUCGGAUUCCAGAAAACAGGCAUUACUUCAAACGGGUGGUGGUGGCAGCCCGGAUUAAGAACUCCCACCUGGUGCUGAAAUGCUUUAAGGACAUUCCCCUGGAAGGCCUGGAGCAGCUGCUGCCAGCCGUCAAAGUCCGCACCUCCAUCUUCUACCGGGCCCUUCUCAACACCAUGCUUGUAGUGAGCGGUUUGGCUCUCUUUGUCAAUGUGGGGAUGGUGGUGCUUUCCGACCUUAAGAUCGGCACCACAACCCUGCUGAUGUUCUUCGCUGCCUUAAUGGCCUUCCGGGCUUGGAAGGUCUUUGGCCAGCGCCGUAAUAUCCACUCCCUUGAGCUCGUGCACAUGCUGUAUUACCGCAGCACGUCCAACAACUCUGAGCUGCUGGAUGCCCUCACUCUGCGGGCCCAGGAAGAGCAUGCCAAGGAGGUCAUCUUGGCCCACAGUUUCCUCCUCCAGCUGCAGCAGCAGCACCUCUUGCAGGGCGACACAGACUCGGAAACUGUCGAACAAGUGAGGCAAGCGGUUCAGGCUUGGUUGCACCUCCACUCUGGGCUGGACUUAACCUUCUGUGCCGAACGGGCCUGCAAGCAUCUCAGGGAACUUGGAGCUGGGGGUGUAAGUCCUCCCGCAGCUGGGUCCCAUCCUGGGACCGGGUAGGAGGAGCCAUCUCCUAUUACUCAAGCCAGCACAUUUGGUUCUAAAUGGUCAGACCCCCUGGCAAGUCCUCUAAUGCUGAGCAUGCUAAGUUUAGAAGGCACAAGUAUGGAUUGGCUUAUUUCCCCCAGGGCAUUAUGGGAGCAGUGCCCAGGGGCCUGGUUGCUGAUGCUGCAUGGAUACCCAGAAGCCACAAGAUUUCUGCUACUGUUCUUGGGCUGCCUCUGUUUCGAUGUGUUUCUUCCUCCAGAAAUCAUGUCAGGUGAAACACCAGCACGUAACGUCAUGAGAGGUGCAAAUAACUACGUGACAUUCGUACAACGUUAGACCUCAUUGGGGAGAUGGGGAGCAUGGAUAUUACACCUCAGAGUCAAUUAUCAGGGUCGAGGGUUGUCUUGCUUUUAAAAUUCCCUUUUUUCGUUUCUGCAAAACAUUUUUCAUAUACACACUGGUGCUUGUUUGGUUGUGGGUUUUUUUGAACUGCCUGUUCUUCUUUCUCUGAGGAAUGAGGAGAAAGCAGUUCCUUUACGGGGUUGUUCACAUUCGGAAUGAGAAUGGUGCAAAGCAAUGAAUCUCUUGCACUUAGGGCAAGAUGGGUUUUUAAUAUCCUUUGUUCUCCUGCUUGGGGCUUUUUUUUUAAGUAUUAAAUCUCUUUUAUAGCACUUUGAAAUGCAUAACAUACAUUUAUGUGGAGCUUGAAGACCACACAGUACUCUAGGUUCUUGUUUUUCCUGUUUUAUAUAUAGAUUACCAAGAUUCAGAGACCCACACUGUAUAGUGUUGGACAAGUCAGUAAGUUCAGGUAGUGCUUUAGCUUGCUAGGGAAAAACACUCUUUGCAUGCCCAGAGGCAUUUUUAUAUAUUAUUGCAUCUGCUAUUCCAGGUUUCGCUCCUGAUACUGAGAACAGAUUCCAGAGUUGCAACAAAUAUAAGUCCUGACUUAAUAGAUGAAUUGAGCCUUGAAUCUAGGACUCCUGGGCAUAAGUCUCGAUAUUGUAUCCACUGGACCACAUUGUCUUUUUCUGGACAUCAGACCCUUCACCACAAUGGUUUUUAGCCCAGGGACAUGCACAUGUGGUGGGAAUUCCUGAGAGGGCUGUUGAUAAAUUUGAAGUGGAGGCAGCUUUGCUGCCUCGUCCUUCUGUGUGCAAUAAGAUCUUAACCUAUCUUCACUGAAGAGGUACCAGCCUACCUGACGUCUGCCUUCCUGUGUCAAUGAAGCACGCAUGUUCAAUGCAAGUGUGCGCGCACCUGAGGAAGCUAGUACUUUGCCCUUAAGAAAGUGAUUGCAACUGUGCGCAGCUGUGGUAUUGUUCACUGCUAGCUGUGUAAGACUGGGGUGUGUGUGUGUGAGUUGUAUUGAAGGGGCCCACGCGCAAGGUGUGUGUGUGUUUUCCCCUCACAGUGGUGCGAGAAGCAGCACCUGCCAGAAUUCUCUAUUCUGUGUCUCUCCAGGAAAGCCUCAACCAUAGGACUGAAUAGGAUGCAAAGAUGAGGAGGUAGAUGCUGUUUGCGUGUACUGCUGCUGCCUGCAAUUUCGGUCUGUUACUAAAUAUCUGAAUAGGGCAGUUACCUGUCGACUGGCACGUGUGGUGGCAGGAGGGGAUGAGCCCUAUAUCAAGAGCCUGGCUUAAAGCCUCACCCAACCUGGCCUACCCAAAGUGAACACUGAGUCUUAAAAUAGUCCUGAUUGUUGUCUUCCACCCACACUGGAAGCUGCCAUGGCUUGGGGACGGGGGAAGCAUGAAUGUCUACUGUAUCUUGAGUGCAAUAAAAUAUUUUCCCCACCUCCCCAAA